AUAUAUACGGUACUAAAUCACGAAGAACAUGCCAUCGUAUUUAUUAAAGAUCUUGUAAAUCCAAGUCCAUAAAUCUAUAUGACAUAAGUCUCACUACAUUUUUAGCGGAGGCAUAACUAUAGAUUUAAAAACAUGGAGCGCAUCUGUGAUUUGGUUUUCGUGGUGCUGAUCGGAUUUAGUCUAUUGGGGAAAACCGUAAAUGCCAAUGAGUUUGAGUUCGAUGAUGCAGAGUUUCAUGCUAAUACGACACAAAUGCUGUCAUUUCUAGAAAACUUUUCUAAUUAUUCACAAUCUGCUGCGACUUAUAAUCCUUUAUAUGUGGGUCUUACUCUCAUUCCGGGAGCUGCAGCCAAAGGCGCUGUAUGCUUGGAUGGAAGUUUACCUGGGUAUCAUUUACAUCGUGGAUUUGGUGCGGGUGCCAACAGUUGGCUUGUUCAUUUGGAGGGUGGGGGAUGGUGUAACAGUUUAAGAACUUGUAUUUACCGUAAAACAACAAGGCGUGGAUCAUCGAAAUAUUUUGAAAAAAGCUUGGCUUUUACAGGAAUCCUGAGCAACAGGGCUGAAGAAAAUCCAGAUUUUUUUAACUGGAACCGAGUUAAGGUUCGUUAUUGUGAUGGGGCUUCUUUUACCGGGGAUUCUGAAGAUCGGGCUCAUGGCCUGCAAUUCAGAGGGCAAAAGAUUUGGUUGGCAGCAAUGGAAGAGUUGAUGUCAAAAGGAAUGCGGUAUGCUAACCAGGCUCUUCUUUCGGGGUGCUCAGCUGGUGGUCUGGCUUCUAUUUUACACUGUGAUGAGUUCCGAGGUUUAUUCCGAAGAAGAACUAAAGUCAAGUGUUUUGCUGAUGCUGGAAUGUUCAUGGAUGCGCGUGAUGUAUCGGGCGGACACACACUUAGAAACAUGUAUCAAGGUGUUGUUAGCUUGCAGGGUUCAGCUAAAAACUUGCCCAGAACUUGCACAAACCACCUUGAUCCGACUUCUUGCUUUUUCCCUCAAAACAUAGUUUCCAAUCUUAGAACCCCUAUGUUCCUCCUCAAUGCAGCCUAUGAUUCUUGGCAGAUCAUUGCUAGUUUAGCUCCUCCAUCAGCUGAUCACCGGGGUGUUUGGAAGGCAUGUCAAAAGAACCCUGCAAAUUGUUCACCCUCGCAGAUUAAUUUCCUUCAAGUAUUCAGAAAGCACAUGCUCAAUUCACUCAAACGCUUUUCAAUGUCCAAACAAAACGGAUUGUUCAUAAAUUCGUGUUUUGCUCAUUGUCAAUCCGAGAGGCAGGAUACAUGGUUUGCGGAUAAUUCUCCUCUCAUUGGGAACAAGGCAAUUGCAUUGGCUGUUGGAGACUGGUUUUUUGAUCGUUCAAGCGUCAAACAAAUUGACUGCCCAUAUCCAUGUGACAAAACAUGUCACAACCUCGUAUUUAGAUCAUAAUCUCCUCAGCCAUACCAUAUUACUUACUAUUAGUAGCCCGAUUACCUCAUUUUUAUUAUAUUGCGAUGGACAUGGAUGUUUUUAUUACUUAAUUUUUAUUUUCCUCAUUCAUUAUUGAAACGAGAAUAAUUUGCUAAGCUUGUAAC